AUGAAUUACGGGAAAGUCUGUGAUCCUGGUGUGUUUGUGUCUGUGUGCUAUUUCCAAGCAGAAGGCACCCUCCCUAAUGGGCUGGAUCCCGUAGCAGAAACGGCCAUUCGGCAGCUAACCGAGUCGGCCAGUAAGGUCCCCAUUACUGAAGAUGACUCAGCCUUAUCAGUGGGCUACGCUGCAGCAAUGGAUGCAGCCCUACAGGGGGCGCAUUCUCCCAGCGGAGCCCCGAACCACCACGGAGCAUCUGCUCAUCAGGAAGCAGACGAGACUACGCCAUCUGACGUGUCAGAGCGACCAUCCGUGGAUGACGUGGAGUCGGAGACAGGAUCGACCGGAGCACUGGAGACGCGUAGCCUCAAAGACCACAAAGUGGGAUUCCUCCGCAGUGGCACCAAGCUACUAUUCCGCAGGAAACGCAGAGAGAAAGACCCCAGUUUCAGUCAGUCCCACGAGGACGUCUCUAACCUGGGCAAUGACUCCUCCACAGCCUCCUGCUCCUCCACCAGCCGUAAAAAGUCUGGAAGCUUCUCUCGCCGCCUCAUCAAACGCUUUUCGUUCCGCUCGUCCAAGACAAAGGGCAAAUCCAGCACAGCCAAUGGAGGAUCCAGCACUACAGAUAACUAAAGGAGAAAUAGAGAGGAAGGACGAGUAAGAGAGACACGGUGCGGGCACCAGUCAAAUGAGUGUGGAAUUGGCUCCAAAUUUCUCCAGAACUAGUUAUUUAUGUUAUAUACCGAUUGUCUACAACCUAGUUGGGGUAACAUAAUACUUCAGACCACAUUGUACCCAGGAAGCCAGCCUUGUUUUGGUGUUUUUUUCUGACUGGAACAUCAUCAUUCAUCUGUGAUUAAGCUUUUCAGGUUAGAAAACGCCAAAAUAAUAAAAGGAUUUGACUAUUUAUGGAUGCAUUGCGAACCUAAUUAAUUUGAUAAAAUGGAUAAACGGCUGCUUUUGUGGAUAAUUAUGAGCGAACAAACUUGUGAAACUCAAAACGGUCUUGUCAUGCGGUUAUUGAGCACAAGGGGGCGACAUAGACCAAUUACUAUUGAUG